GUUCCACCUCUCUUUUCCAUCAUUCCACAUAGGUAAAUCACCACCCACUCACCACCUUGACAAAGUCAGUUGAAGGUAACAAUCACCAAGUGAUAAGAACAAGAAGGUUAAGUAGUGAUUGAGUUUGUGUUUGUGCGUUUUGAUACUUGUUCGAGCCAAGGAAGGAAGGUGAGAGAGGCAAAGGCAAAGGACUGUGCUUUGAAAUCCCUGUACAUGACAACCCCCUACAUCACACAGAAACAUGGACAUCACCACCAACCACAUUCCAAACUCUUCCACCUUUCGUCGUCUACCCGCAUUAGCAAAAUCACCUUUAAACUUUAGACGCGACAAAUCUUCUUUACCUCCUCUUCCUCCAUCUGAAAUACCUACAACUACUCGUCCACCGGAACCGACCACUUCUCCUAAAUCUUCAGAAACACUAUAUACCUCUUCUCAAACGAAAGCUUCCACAUUCCCUUCUUUAUCUCGUUUGGUCGGGGAAUCUUCAUCGUCCCAUAAGAACGGGACAGGGAAACAGGGGAUGAUGGAUGUUUCAACAUCUACUACAACAACACCUUCAUCAAGUUCUCAUCCGACUUUAUCACAUUCAAAUUCUGCUCAUUCACAUUUACCUUCAAGAACUUCUUCAUUACAAAACCCAAAUUCACAAUUUGUUACCAACGGAAAUUUGACGUCUGAAAAAUUGGAACAACCACCUUUAUCACCCUUUCCAAAUCGAUCAGCGGCGCAUCUGAUGCAAGUUC